AUGGACACUUCUCGGACAAUUUCAGAGCUGAAAUCCUCCUUCGUACGAACUCAGGUACGGAUACUAUCGGCCGCGCUUGAACCUCAAGAAGGCUGGAGAGCCUAUGGAGUCCCAUCAGAUGAAGGUGAUCUGAGUGACAAAGCGGUCGAGGAAGCAUUGCAGAAAUUGCAUUCUGUUUUGAAACAACAUAAUCGCGUAGUCUACUCAUCUCAAGCCAUCCACCAUGUUGCGCGACAGAUUGAAAGCCUCUACUGGAACUCGGUUCAUGAGGAUCUGCAUGGUCUAGGCUAUCAUGGGAAAGGGGUCGAGCAGGGAACUGAUCUCUCAAACCAUUUGAAUAUAUCGAAGCUCCCACUCGAGUGGGAGAGUGAAUCUGCUGAUGAAGAGGGAAGACAGAGAUACCAGCAGCUACGCACUCGCCUCGUCGAGCUAGACGAACAGCGUCAGCAACAGCAACGGCGGCUUGCGGAGUACAAAAGGCUGCAGGCGCUCCUUGAGCCGUUCAAGGACCCGCAAAGCAACAUCCAACCGAACUUGGUAACCAGAGAUGGCGAGCUUGGAAAGGAGCUCGACAGGAUGAGGAUGUUGGUAGCUCGAGUUGCCGGUCGUGUCAGUCAAAGUAAAAGUCUCCGUCAGGAGGACACGGGCAAUGCUACCUAUCUAGAUACUGAGCAGAAGCUGUCAGCGCUUCUGGAUAUGACUUGA